GUGAACAGUGCUGGACGAAGAAAUCAACAAGGAUGCAGCGAGAAAAAACCGGAAACUCCGGCAGCGGCGAUAAGCCCGAGCGGGAUGUCGCCAUCAUGUCCAAAUACUACGAUGGGGUCGAAUUUCCCUUCUGUGACGAGUUUUCAAAAUAUGAAAAGCUCGCAAAGAUCGGCCAGGGCACGUUUGGGGAGGUGUUCAAAGCCAAACAUAGACAGACUGGAAAAAAGGUGGCCUUGAAAAAAGUGCUCAUGGAGAAUGAGAAAGAAGGGUUCCCCAUCACUGCUCUUCGAGAAAUCAAGAUCCUACAGCUCCUUAAACACGAGAAUGUGGUGAACUUGAUUGAGAUCUGCCGAACAAAAGCCACUCAGUUCAACCGAUACAAGGGCAGCAUCUACUUGGUAUUUGACUUCUGUGAGCACGACCUGGCCGGCUUGCUCAGCAACGCUAAUGUGAAGUUCACCCUCGCCGAGAUCAAGAAAGUGAUGCAGAUGUUGCUGAAUGGACUUUACUACAUCCACAGAAACAAGAUCCUGCACCGGGACAUGAAGGCGGCCAAUGUGCUCAUCACACGAGACGGUGUCCUUAAGCUGGCAGAUUUUGGCCUGGCCAGAGCCUUCAGCUUAGCCAAGAACAGCCAGGGCAACCGCUAUACCAACCGAGUGGUCACCCUGUGGUACCGGCCGCCUGAGCUACUUUUGGGGGAGCGAGACUACGGCCCCCCCAUUGACCUGUGGGGUGCUGGGUGCAUCAUGGCGGAGAUGUGGACCAGGAGCCCCAUCAUGCAGGGCAACACGGAGCAGCACCAGCUCACGCUCAUAAGCCAGCUGUGCGGAUCCAUCACGCCAGAGGUCUGGCCGGGUGUGGAUAAGAAAUAUGAGCUGUAUCAGAAGAUGGAGCUGCCCAAGGGACAGAAGAGGAAGGUGAAGGACCGACUGAAGUUCUACGUCAAAGACCCCUACGCUCUGGAUCUUAUAGACAAACUCCUCGUCCUCGACCCCAAUACGCGAGUAGACAGCGACGACGCCCUCAAUCACGACUUCUUCUGGUCCGACCCCAUGCCCUCUGACCUCAAGAACAUGCUCUCUACGCACAACACGUCCAUGUUCGAGUACCUGGCCCCGCCCCGGAGAAGAAGCCACAUGCCCCAGCAGCCGGCCAAUCAAAACAGAAACCCCACGACUACAAGUCAGACAGAGUUUGAUCGGGUCUUCUGAUUGGUCGUCUGGCACUUAUAACGUACUGCUAUCCCUGAAGAAAAUCUCCACACUGUUGUGUUCCAGUUGGUUCCAACUGGGUGCAUCCUAGACAAAACCUCAAAGACAAAAAAAUGUGAGCCCUUUAUGUUUUUCCUCGCAUUUAACUUGACCCAUGUUGGUUCAGUGGGUGUAAGAUAUGUAUUUUUCUGUGGGCCGCCGGGACCCUUCCUGACCCAGAGAGAGGUCUGUCGUAAAUGUGUUUGAAGAUCUCUGGACAUGGUGACUCUUGGAACGAAUGAGCCCAAUAAGAGGCUUGCAGUCUACUCGGGAGGAGAGACCACAGGUGCAAAGUGUACAGUGGCAGGGUGCUACAGAAACAUUAUGUGACUAACCUAGCAGUGCUAAAGUCACAGGCCGUUGUGGUCUAGUCAAAACUUACAUUGCUUGUUGUUGUUUUUUUAUUUUGUGUAUGUUUCUUUUGUGUUUAUUUUUAUAUUGCUUUUAAAAUGAAGAUCAGAGUUGUUCUGGGUUUGUUUCUAUGUGUAUUUGGUACUUCUGAGUAUAGUACACAACAAUAAACCUCCAGAUACAAA